AUAGUCAGAUUAAUCAGGCUCGCGGUUUGUUCUUCCAAACGCAAAAAUGGAGGUUUUUGUGUAGGGCUUGUAAACGGUUCCCCGGUUAACAGUUUAACCGGUAAUCGUAUCGAUAACCGGUGGUAAUCAGUUAAACCCAGUUGGCGGGUGGGCGAAAGGGACUGAAUGGUAUAUCGGAUAGGUUCCGAUAAUUUAUCGUCGGUAAACAAGUUAACCGAAUACCGAAAAUCCACCAAGCGACAGAAGCAAAAUGAUGUCGCUUUGUUUGACAAAUCCGCUCCAGCCCCAUUUGCGAUCUCUUCCCCUCUGGCCUCUGCUGCCGCGCGACAAGCUUCUGUUUCUCUCCAGUCUCCAUCUUCGUUCUCACUCCUCUCCAUAUCCAUCUCACAAUUCUCACCACGCAGAGAAGACGAGAAAGCCUACUUCCCCGACCCAACACUGCGUCAUCCUCACCCGCCAUGACGAUGGUCGACCCCACCUCAUCGUUUCUCUUCAUCUUUGUUUUCUCCGUCCCUGCCCCACCACACAGAGAAGGGGAAGCCUGGUCGCUAGAUCCCCAUCCUAGCCCUGCGUCAUCCUCACCAGCCUUCUCUCGGCAGCCUACGGGAUUUGUUCCAACUCGUCGUCGUCGGAGCUUCCCUGAUUGAUGUUCUCGAUUAGGGAUUUGUCUGUGGCUUUGUGUUAGCCGAAUUCAUAUGAGGGAUUAGUUGAAUUGAAUUGGGGGGGGGGGGGGGGGGGGGGGGGGGGGGGGGUUGUUUGUGUUAAGGUUAAUUGUUAAGGAAGCAUGAGUAGAGUAGAUGAGAAGCUUAUGUCAAGGACUAUGUGUUAAAGGAGCAGUUACAACAGAGCUUGAUCUAAGCAGCAACAAGCCAGCAGCAGAGCAACCGGUUAUACACAUUGCUACUGAGUACUAACAACCUCUCAUCUCCCUAUGUCGGUGUUUCGGGUGACUGGUUACUAACCGGUAACCUGCUAGUCCGUAACCUGUUAUACUGAUUGUUACUCGAUGUCGGCAUUCGGCAGAUGUUUGUUGUGGUACGAUAAACCAAUUACCGGUUAAACCAGUUAACUACUAAUUAACAAUCCUAGUAGGUUAUGGUUCCUACGGUUUAUGUUUGUUGUGGAUUAUGGGUAGUAGGUUAUGGUUCCUACGGUUUAUGGUGCUCCAGACCACUUCAGUAAACCAGAACAAACCAUGAUUCUGGUCUCACUAUCCGGACCAAACCAUGCAGUUUGGUCUAACCGCGAUUUCUCAUACAAUAUGGUUUGGAUUCUCAACCUUACUAGACACGAUAAUUUCAAUCAUAAUGUUACAACGCCAUAUAGUAGACGCUAGAUCGAUGUUGUGGUUCUAAAUUCAGAAAGAUCAUCAUCGCCUCAUCGGUGUGGUCACCUUGAUCAAAAUGGUUUAGUCAAUAUUUUUCUUUAAUUACGGAAACUUAAAAACUAUUUUAUAGUAUCGUUUGGUUUCUGUGAUUGUUAGAAUGCAUGUAUUGUUUACACUUCUUUGUUUGAGCUUCUCCAAAUUGAUGCAUUUAAUCAAUUUGUGUAUUGUAAUUUGAUGCAUUAAUCAACUGUAUGAAUUUGGAAAAUACCUUGUUUGAAAGUUUUUGUUAUAAAGAAAAGUUGAGUAGACAUUAGAUUACCCAAUUAGCAUAACAUACCCACACGCUCCCGCUUUCAAGCGCGUAAACGCGAUCUUCCACCAAUUCGGUAGAAGUUUGCGAAUUAUCUUCCACCAGAGCGCGACUUUUGAGGUUAUAGAGCGCGAAUCGUAUUUUUGGAGAACAAAUCACUUGUCUUCUUCCUAGUGACUAGAUUGGUUUACAUCGUAAACCUAGAUUCCGCCACCGGAUAGGCCAUCGUUAAUUAGUAGGUUUGAUUGCUUCCGUUAGGCCAUCGUUAGGUUUGAUUGCCUCCGGCCGUGACCCUGCAACAACCAUCACCGUUCUUCCACAACAAACGCCUAUUUAAACCCUCCCAAGUCCAAGCUAGCUGUAAAUGGUUGAAAUUAUAUGCUUCUCCAAUUUGGGUAAACCGGAGGCAGUGAGCAGGGGUGCUAUAGACCCUGAAUAAUUUGCGAUAGAAUGGGCUACGUGACGACAGUUCCAUGCAUCGACGACGAGUAAUCGCUAGCGACUGGAAAGUUAAAUUCUCACUAGGUCGCCGGAAAAUGUGCUGUCGGUGAUUUUGUCUCGCUCCUUGAGAGCAAAGCCACAUAUACUUAGAUAGUUAGACUAAGUUGUGGCGGUGAGCAGAGAUACAUGGAGAAAGAAAGAUAAAUUAUAUAGUAGGUUGAUUGUGGGUCCCCCCUCCCCCCCCCCCACUUUUUGUUAAAUUUUAAAGGCAAAAUACACUUCUAUAGCCAUAACUUUCACGUUUGUGACAAAUAUAACCAUAACUUUCGGAAAACACAAAAUAACCAGAAUUUUGAAUG